CCAAGGUUUCCGAGAGACGUUGUUUCGAGAGCCAGAAGAGCCAGAAGAAGAAGACAAUAGUUUAUCUUAGUAAAGAAUAAAGUCCCCCAUUAGUUCAACAUCACCUUUACACAGUUUUCAGUAUCAAAGCAAAAAAAAGAGCUCUCGCAGCAACUGAUCAUAUAUGGCAGAGGCGAAUGUAGAGUGAUGGUAGAUCUUAAUCCUGGCGUUGACGAGAGAUGUGCAACCUUGUGUUCCUGGCUAGUGUCUUUUACAUGAAUUUAACAAGACGUGAAACAAGAGGGAAUGAUAAUGACUUGAUGUUCAAAGUCGUCAGACAUGACUCUGAGUAAAAACAAAGCGAGAUGAUGUUGUUGAAAUAGAAUACCAGGAAAUACGAGACACGUGAUUAGAAAAAGGUAUGAACACGAAAAAACGAUACACGUACUGAUGAAAAACUCCAUCCUUUUGUCCCACCUCUACCAGUCUUCCCCGGGCAUCAGAUUUCUUUCCCCGCCAAUGCAGUUGAAUUUUACCACCAUCCAAAAACAAGUAGAAAAGGCAAUAUUUCGUUUUCAUUAAUGCCAUUCCGAGUAGAGAGCAGGAUCAAAGUGAAUCUUCGUUGAAUUUUUGUUGCUGCUCACUUGAUUUUGUGAAGCAGCGGUAGAAGCAGCAGUCAGUUUGCAUCAGGUGAAGUUGUAGCUUUCAUUGUGGCCCUGAGUAUGCAUAACGCCAAUUAUGCUCGUCACUUGAAUGAUCACAUUUUACGUAUUGUCGCUGUCUCUACUUCUUGAUACAACAUAGCUCUACUAGAGGUUGUAGAAGAAUGUUAAGUCAUUUUCUUAGCGAGAGCAGCCCCACUCGGGGCGUCCUGGAGAGCCUGCAGAUGGGUGAUCUCAAAGGCGCCGCGAUCGCCGCGGACAUCACAACUUUUGACGGCCUCUGGGAGUACUACAGGAGUGCGGUGACCGUCUUCUUCAUGUUUGUUCUCUUCUAUUCGCCAAUCUACCUCACAUACCAAGUGCUGCUCAGCAUUUCGAACAAGAUCGUCUACGGCGAUGCUAGGGGUGACCCGGUGGAGACAGAGUACUAUAGUUUUAAUGUAACACUUAAUGGAGAAGGGAAGGGGAACCAGCGAACUUUUCCUCGGCUUACAACUCCUUUCCGACAUCGCAAUCGAUUUUUCAGUUUCAUUUUCAUUGAGUACUAAAGUGUCAUUUCCGGGCUUUUGCUUCUGCGAGUGUGAAGUAGGAGUAGGUGGCCUUCCUCUUGUGCAUUUCUUCAUUGCUUCCAUUUUAGGUACGAUUCCACCGAGUCAUGCGCAGUGCCGUCGGAGGAGAAAAUCGCACUGCGGACGAAAAGACUGCCCUUUGGUACGUUCACCAAGAGCGCUAUCGCAACUGCGAUUUUCGCCUUAAUCUGUUCGAAGGAGCCGCUCGUUUGGCGCGCAGCGGCAGCAGACAUUUUUGGCGCAUACUAUGAGUAUGCACGUACCGAAAUCAAUCCAGUGUACUUCAUGGUGGUCGUUGCCAGCGUUGUGCACUACGGAACUCUGUGGUUCCUGUCGAUCCCGUGUUUGAUGUGCCCAUUUGUGCCGACUCUCAGCAAGACAAAGAUUCAGGUAUACUCAAGACUUCUCUUUAUUUUGAAAGUGCGUUAGGUCGGCUCCACCACAAUUUAUUUUGAAGGUGCGUGGAAUUUUAAUCUCGUGAAUAUGAAACUUCAACUUCUGAAUUUCUUUGAUAUAUAUCGAAAGCAGAGUUGUACUUACUUGCUUUUGUUGUCAAAAAUGAAAAUGAAGUACAACGACCACUACCGACACUACGUCUUUCAAUACUUCCACCGAAACUCAGACACACAAAGCCGCAGCGUCCUGGCGAGACUGGGUAUGGGUUGGUGGUGCGCUUAUUGCUAACGCCAUUUUUAUCCAAGGACCUCUCGCAUUCGGGAUAUACACGUACAUCAAGAUGUUCAACAUUCCAGUAGAGUGGAGCGAGGUUUUUUCCCUCGAGAGUGCGCUUCCUCGCUUGUACUGCUGCAUGGCUAUUGACGAUGCUGUGCAUUUCUGGGGCCACUACUUUUUUCAUACGAGGAUGUACUGGUACAAAACGGUGCACAAACAUCACCACUCGUACCCGAACCCGUUCGGUCUAGAGGCAGAGUUCGCGCAUCCGAUCGAGACGUUGACUUUGGGCAGCGGCUUCUUCCUGGCGGCGCACGUGAAUGUGAACCACUUCAUCUUCAUCUUCGCGUGGAUGUACGUCCGAGUGUGCCAAACGACGGACGUGCACAUGGGCUACUCUGCUCCGGUGUUCCCGUGGCGGUACAUCAUUCCCUUCUGGGGUGGAGUCGAGCACCACGACUUCCACCACCGCUACUUCACCGCGAACUACGCGCCAUGCUUCGAGUGGUGGGACCGCUGCAUGGCCACGGACAUCCCAUACGAGAAGUUUCGCGUGAAAGAGGCCUUGCGCAAGGCAGAGAACCGCCUGAAGAAACAGGAACUCGCCAAAUAUGGCACCGUGAUUCCAUGGCUCAGUCCUGCCGUCAUCACGAAGGACAAACUGGCCGCGGCUGGAAAAGUGCAAGGAACAGCAGGCGACGAUAACACGAGCAGCGCGUCAACGAAGUCUGCUUCCUCCGCAAGCGAGACCGAGAAGAUGCAGACCAAAAUUGCGCAAGCAGAUUACGCAUCCGCUUACGCGGGAGAACAGCGCAUGCUGGCGCCAAAGUCUUGCGCUAUCACUGGUGGCGCUGGCCUGGUUGGCCGAGAACUGCUUCGCAUGCUAGCUGUCCGAGGAUGUAAAAAAAUCGUGGUUCUGGACGUCGCUAAAGAGCCAGACUGGUUUGCGUCAGAGGCAGCGGGCGUAGAGAAAGUCUACCAACAGGUGGACAUCACCUCCCCGACUGCAGUCAGCGACCUCGCAGCGGCAUUUGAGGGACUCGAGUGCGUGCUGCACUUGGCAGCACUAGUAGGGCCUUACUUCCGACACGAAGAAUACACCAAAGUGAAUAUUGACGGAGCCAAAGCAGUUUUGAAGGCGUGCGAAAAAGCCAAGGUAAUCAUACUUUGUUAGAUUUUUCACACUACUGCGAAAACACACGGAUAUUUUACUGUUGUUAGAUAAGUGAAUGUUGAAUUGUCUACUUUGAGCAGCAUGCGCUAGCUACUUUUGAACAAUGGUGUACUCCUUUGUAUUCCUUUCAGCAUCGCAACACUUGUAAUUGAAUUUCUUCACCGUGUCAGGUGAAAGCACUUGUUGAUGUGACUUCGCCGAGCACUAGAAUGGACGGCUAUAGCAUGGAGGGAUUGGACGAAGAAGAUAUGACCCGAGUGCAGAAGAGCAUGUCGAGCUACACUCACGAGUACGCUCGCACAAAAGCUGUCGGCGAGAAAAUAAUUCUCGACGCGCAUGGUAAAUUUGAUUCUAUUUCUAGAGUGCGUGUAAUAUUUUGAUGUGAAACUACUACAGCGCUGGUUGAACAUAUAUGAUUGUAGACUGAGCAACGGCAACCUAUCCUAUCCUAACAUACAUGCUGGUUAAUUUCAAUCUAUCGAUCUCGAGCUUGUCUGACUUGGAUACCUGGGAACUCUCAUUUACUCCAUAACUCCCAUUGCUCCAACAGGUAAGAGCAGCGUGAAAACGUGCGCGGUCGGACCGCACCAAGUGUACGGCGAUGAAGAUCAGCUGUUCAUGCCGAAGAUAUUGAAGAGCAUGAAGCGAUUGAGGCAAUUCGGCGCGGAUCCCAUGGUUAUUUCGUUUACCCACGUCAGCAAUAUCGCGCACGGGACGUUGCUGGCUGCGCGCGCUCUGCUAGAUUUAAGACUUCCCCUUAUCCCUCUUCGGAAGCAUCGCCGAGACGUUUUCAAGGGGGAAACGGUCUCAGAAUGCGUCUCAGGAUGGAUCGGGGUGAGGUCUAAUAGAUGACUCCGAGAAGGUGGGUGGCGAGUUUUUCAUCGUCACUGAUGGACUCGCCAGCUCCUUCUGGAACCGGAUCGACGAGGCACGCGAAGUGACCUACGGCGAAUCGGUUCCCAGCUUCUUUCACAAGAUGUACGUGCCGAAGAAAUUCAUGCUCCUGCUCGCUUCCGUUGUCGACUUCAUCACGUACUACGGCGUGCUCUUUGCUUCGUGCGGCAACCGCGACAAGGCGGUGAAGAGUUCGACGCUCACGCCGUUUGCGGUGAACAUGCUGCAGAUCCACCGCUACCUCGACACCAGCAAAGCGAAACACGUCCUCGGCUAUCUUCCACUGGUGGACGGGAAUGAGGCGUGGCCGAAAGCAUGCAAAGCAGUCUACAAGCGCCUCGGUUUGUAA